AUGUGUGCCGUGAACCCAAGCCGCAUCUCGAAGACUUUCACGGAUGCCGCGCUGCAGGAGGUUAUUGACGAUAUCGCUCACCGCACACGGUGCUUCCUCGAGAUCGUCAACUACAACGUCGAGGGUCAACAAUAUGUUUGUGCGGGUGAAUUGGUCGCUCUGCAAACCAUGACCAACGUCUUGAAUUACCUAAAGAUGGAGAAGGUUGACAUUGCGAAGUUGACGGGGAAAUUCACCGUUGAGCGAGUGAAGGAAAUGCUUGGGGAAAUCAUCAACUCCUGUUUUACACGUGCCAAGGAUCAGCAGAAGGCGGAAGGCUACAUCAAAUUGGAGCGCGGGUUCGCAACGAUCCCUCUCCCAGGGAUUGAUGUACCCUUCCAUUCUUGCUACUUGUGGGCUGGUGUAAUGCCAUUCCGUGCCUACCUCUCUAAGAAGAUCAAUGCGGCGCACUUGAAUCCGGACACACUCGUGUGCAAGUACGUGCCGAACCUGAUCGCGAAGCCUUUCCAAGUCACGAAAGAUUACGUCCAAUUGAUCUACGACCAGACGUUGUCACCGCGCCUCGACAAAGUCCUUCGUAAGUGGGAUACAGAGAACUGGGGUUCGGCAGAGCAACGCCAGAAGCUAGCGUAUAUCACUCUAGUGGAGCUCUUGGCAUACCAGUUCGCGUCGCCCGUCCGAUGGAUAGAAACUCAGGACAUCCUCUUCAAACACUACAAUUUCGAGCGCUUCAUCGAGAUCGGACCUUCACCAACACUCACAGGUAUGGCGACGAGGACACUGAAAACGAAGUACGAGGUGCAAGACGAUUCGGUUAGUCGCAUCCGUGCGAUCCUUUGUCAUGCGAAGAACACCAAGGAGGUGUACUACCAGUUCGAGGAUGAGGCGGAGGCGGCUGCUGACGAGUCUGUUCCUGAAGUUGCUGCUACUCCCGCACCAGUAGCUGCUCCCGUUGUGGUUGCUGCUGCUCCGGUCUCGGCUGCGGCCACCGACCCUCAGAAGCUCAAGAAGAAGGUGGAGGAAAUUCCGCUUUCGAAGUCGAUUAAGGACCUCGUUGGCGGCAAGUCGACUUUACAGAACGAAAUCCUCGGCGAUCUGCAGCUGGAGUUCACGUCAGCUCCUGAGAAGGGUGAAGAAUUGCCACUCGAGGAGCUCGGGUCGGCCCUUGGCAUUGGCUUCUCAGGGUCGUUGGGUAAGUACAGCUCUGGCCUCGUCUCUCGCGUCGUGGGUAGCAAGAUGCCUGGUGGUUUCAAUAUCUCUGCGAUCAAAGCGUAUUUGUCGAAGACGUGGGGCCUUGGUCCGACUCGCGCGGAUGGAGUCUUGCUAUUGAGUACCACCAUGGAACCUCCCAAACGUCUCGGUUCAGACGCAGAAGCCAAGGCGUGGCUUGAUACGUUCGUCACACUCUACGCACAGCGCUCUGGGAUCUCCCUCACUACCGGUGCCGCGAACAGUGGAGGCGGUGGUGGCGCAGGAGGUCCGACGAUCAACAGCGAGGAGUUCUUGCAAUUCCAAGCUGACCAAGAGCAAUUUGCAGCGCAGCAGAUCGAGCUGUAUAUGCGAUACCUCAAGCGUGACUCGCGAGCGGGCGAAAUCAAGUAUGACGCGGAGAAAGCGAAUGUUGUUAGCUUGCAGUCGAAACUCGACGCCAUCUCCAGAGAGCACGGUGACACCUACAUCGAUGGCAUUCAACCAGUUUUCGACGCUCUCAAGGCACGUCACUUCGACUCAUCAUGGAACUGGGUCCGUCAAGAUGCUCUCCUCAUGUUCUAUGACAUCAUCUUCGGUCGUCUCACCACAUGCGACCCCAACCGCGGCGAUACUUGCAAGCUCGCGAAGCAGUUCGGCCAGCAGCUCAUCGACAACUGCCGCGAAGUUCUGGCGCUGCCGCCUCUUUACAAAGAUGUGACAUUCCCCACUGCGCCGCAUACAGAAGUGACAGCCAAAGGAGACAUUGUUUACUCGGAGGUUGUCCGCGAGAACGUUCGCAAGCUUGAGGCUUACAUUGAAGAAGUGGCCAGCGGAGAUACGAUCUCAGCACUGAUGAAUAUUCAGAAGAUCCAAGAUGACGUUCUGAAGUUGUGGAAUGUAGUGAAGUCGCAGCCUGAGAUUAGUGAAGAGCAGAAGAACCGCAUCAAGGCUCUCUACGAAGGCGUCAUACGAUCACUGCGCAAGCGUCCUGAAUCUCGUCCUCGUCCUGGGGCACCUCGUCCUCCGGACAAGGUCCCUUUACUGCAUUUGAAGUGCAAGGUCGGCACGAACUGGGAGUACAGUAGCAAUCUCACUGGUGUAUAUCUCGACAUCCUCCAUGAGAUCGCAACGUCAGGCACGACGUUUAAGGACAAAAAUGCUCUUUUGACAGGCGUUGGAAAAGCUUCUGUCUGCGUCGAGGUGAUCGAUGGUCUUGACAACAAAUCCGAACUUGCCCACCGUAUCAUGCUGAUUAACUUACUCCGCCUACUCGGCGCCGUGAAAAUCGAGAAGGCCAGCCGCCAGAUCCUUACUCGGCCAACGCAAGUCAUCCUGCCACUCUCACCGAACCAUGGCCUGUUCGGAAAUGACAGCUUGUACUCAGAGUCUAAGGUUUCGCUCGAGACGUUGUUCAACCGCUGGAACUCUGAGAGCUGGGGCGAAUACUUGUGUCUUGCUGGCGCUGUGAUAGGCUGGACCCGCGGUACAGGUCUGAUGGACGCUACGAACGUCGUUGCACACGACGUUGAAAGCCAUGGUGUCUGCACUUUCUCCGCGAAAGAGAUGACAUUCAACAUCAUGGGCCUGAUGCACCCUCUCCUUUUCAGUAUCACUCAAGUUGAACCAAUCUGGGCAGACCUCAACGGAGGAAUGGACCGCCUGCCCGACCUCGCUGACAUCACUACGCGCAUCCGCACAGAUCUGAACAAGAAGAGCGAACUCCGCCGCACCAUCGCUAGAGACAACGCCGCAGAUUUCAAGAUGAUUAACGGUGUCGAAGCGGAAUGCGUCUUACAGACGGUCAACGUAGUUCUCCGCACGAACUUCAAGGUCGAAUAUCCUGCACUUGAGUCCCACGAAUCCCUUGCUGAUGUCUCGAAACUACGUGGUAUGCUUGAUCUGGAGAAAGUCUUUGUUGUCACAGGUUUCGCGGAGGUAGGUCCUUGGGGAAGCUCGCGUACGCGAUGGGAGAUGGAGGUGAGAGGCGAAUUCACUAUGGGGACUCGCGCAGAUGGAGUCCUGCAGUUGAGUACUACCAUGGAACCCUCGAAACGUCUCGGUUCAGACAUCGAAGCCAACAUAUAG